GGCCGCUCUGGACAGCUGCCGCUGUGACCCGGCUGGCAGGAAGGUGCCGGCGAGCCGGGGCGGCUGAGGGGAGAGCGCCCGAGGUGGCUCCGUCCGCCAGAGCUUCGCUGGGAGGCUCGAGGCUGAGCCCGGCGCAGCCGCGGAGUCGCGCAGGGCUGGGCCCGGCAGCGGCGCAGAAAGUUUUUUUGCGAAGAAAUGGCCUCCAGCAUUGGAAAUGAAAAGAGUGUGAAUCCUGUGCUCAGAAUAAGUCAACUUGAUGCUCUUGAACUAAACAAAGCACUGGAACAACUAGUGUGGUCCCAGUUUACCAGCUGUUUUCAUGGAUUUAAACCAGGGGUGUUGGCUCAUUUUGAACCAGAAGUAAAAGCAUUUUUAUGUCUUAUAUUAUGGAAAUUCACUAUCUGUUCCAAGAAUGCAACUGUGGGACAGGCUAUUCUCAAUAUUCAAUACAAGAAUAACUUAGCUCAGACAGAGAAAUACCAGCCUCUGAGCAAACACCAGAAGUUGUGGUAUCUUAUUUUCACUGUUGGUGGAAGAUGGUUGGAAGAAAGAUGUUAUGAUUUAUUUAGCAAUCGUCAACAGCAAUCUUUUGGCAAAAUUAAGAGCUGUAUUAGUUUUGGCUCUGGACUUCUUAAGCUUUGUGGACUUUUAAAUUUUCUGAUUUUUCUUCAGAAAGGAACAUUCGCAACACUUACAGAACGUAUUCUAGGAAUUAGGUCAGUUUUUUGCAAGCCACAAGGUGUUCGUCAGAUAGGAUUUGAAUACAUGAACAGGGAGCUCUUAUGGCAUGGCUUUGCUGAAUUUUUGAUAUAUCUGCUACCACUCGUUAAUGUACAGAAACUGAAACUUAAAAUUUCUUCUUGGUGCUUGCCUAUCGCAGGUCUUUCCAAUAGUGAAAACACGUUAGCGGCUCACUGCAGGGAAUGUUCACUAUGUGGGGAGUGGCCUACCAUGCCCCAUACCAUAGGCUGUCCACAUGUUUUUUGUUACUACUGUAUUAAAAGUAAUUUUUUAUUUGAUAUGUAUUUUACAUGUCCUAAAUGUGGCUCUGAGGUACACAGUCUUCAGCCAUUGAAGUAUAAAAUUGAAAUGGCAGAAUUGCACAUCUGAUGUGAGGUUUAGUUUUAUACUGUACAUGAUAUGUAUUGAAGAGAUUAAUGGAAGAAUUCAGAAAUUAUUGAAAGCAGACUGCUUAAAGAUGGUUUUGGAGACUCUGUAAUUUAUUGUAACAUGUAUUUUUACUGGUCUUAGGUUUUUAUUGAGUAACAGUGCUGUAAUGCCUUACCCUGCUUGGCAGGUAUGGGGAAGGUAGUUGGAUUUACUCUGCGUGGUGCAUGGGAGAAACAACAACAUUCUCAGGAGGUUCAAUAAGAACUUCUACUUGCAAAGUUUAGAAUAUUCCAAUUCCAUCAUAAGUAUGAUGUUACACUAAAAGAAACGAAGGUGUAAAGAAGGUGUAAGCAAAACAGUGUACCUUCUAGACCUUCAUGAGAUGACAGCUAAUUUGCCCAGGUAACCAUGUCUCUGAUUUUCAAUUAUGUAUUUAUUGCCUACCAUCUCUUCCCUCAGAAGCUGAGGGAUGAAACCCAUCAUCCAUUGGAAUGUGGCAGCUGUUCAGGGUAACCCACGUUCUUCUGAGUCAGAGACACUGAAGAGGACUGUUUACUCACAAGAUGCUGUCUGUAGGAAUUACCACUCAAGUUUUUUGGUGUGGUUAAAGUGAGUGCCAAAUCCUGAGAGUUCUCUUCCAUACAGAAAAAAGUCAAACACAGUUAUGUGCAGUUUAAUAUAUUAAAAUAGGUAAUUUCCUGUGUUUUGCUUUCACUGUUUGCUUUCUUAGUUGGCUUUGCAAUGUUUUAAUUGUUCUAACACUUUGUCCAUUUACUUUUCAACCUGGUUUUAUGAGAUUAUUUUCUUGUUAAUUGCAGUCCUUUUUUUGGCAGAAAGUCUUAUCCAGAAGAGUCUCAUUAACAGAAAAAUCCAUUACAUCCUCUUUUGAAUCUUAAAUUGUCAAAAACAUAUACAGUUAAAUUGAAUAAAUAGCUUUAUGGUGGCUCUGUUCUUGAUUGGCAAUCAUCAAUAGUCAGUCCCAAAAAUAGCAGGCUAACAGCUGAUUGAGUAUCUCUGAUCUACUUUUAUGAAAUGGUUUAUUACAUUCUUCAUUCUACAUUCUGAUUAGAACAAGCCACUAGCCUGUUUGUUUGAAGAUCUUAAAUUCUAUGUUUUGAUCUUUAGAGUGACACACAGUGCUUUCAUCUGAUGUAAUUAGAUAUAGUUAGCAGGUGGGCAGCCCAAAACUUCAUUAAUUCUGCUACUGUUCUGUGAGUCAACAGAGACUUCAGAGCACAUGCUUCCAGAUACUUUGCUGCAGUGUUAUUUGCUGUCAAAUGUGUAUAUUAGCAGCCUGCCAUAUUUCUGUUAUUUGCUGUUGCAAUUAGAACCAGCAGGUGUAAACCUGUUUUUAUUAGAGUAUGAAAACUGACAAGUCAUUUGGAGAGCAUCCUGAAGUUAUGUCAUGAUCCUGAUGGAAUUUUGUAUGAAUUGUCCAUCCACGAUACUCAAUAGCUUUUCCCAAAGAAGCGUAUUAGCAACCCUGACAUCAAGGUGAUCUAAUGUCUUCAGAAACAUUGUUAGGAUUUUUGGUACUUUGGUCUUUAACUAUACUUACUAAUUAAGACUUGUAUGCAUCCAAAAUCCAGUGUUUGUAGCUUACAAUCAUAGCAGACCUUUGUUUGCUGUGGACUCUUCAUUUAUUCUGAAGUUUCAGAGCAAUAUUUUAUCAAAAGAGCAUGGAUUCGCUCUGUUGGCUUUCUGCUAGGUGUCAUGUCCUUCUUACGUUGGAGUUAGCUUCUUUCCUAUUUAGAAAUGUUUCAUUUUUUGAAUAUGAAAGAAAGUUAUCUUCCUUUUUCAUUCCACCUGCUUCUGUCCUGCUGUUUGAUGUGCGUAAGCUGUAUGAAUUUCUUGGGGUUUGUUUUGUCUCUUGGAGCUUCAUUCAGGUAAAGUUUGUACUCUGUUUUUCAUCCCUGCUACACUAUAAAUACAAAACCUGUUUCAAGCAGUUUAGUACUUGAACAGCUGUUUUCUGCUGGCUCUGCUAUAUUGCACUUUACUGUUCGUUUUUUUUUCUGGAUUUAGACUUUUAAUACUUAACCUGUGCUGACUUAUUGCAUAAGUCACUUAAGCGAAGUGUUGUUCUACUUCUGUAGUGUGUCCUCAUCACUGUGUUGGGUUUGUAGCCCAUAACAUUAACAAAGUUGUGGCAUAAACAGGUUUUGUUAUCCUAAGACCCUAGAUAUUAAGGUGGGGGUUUAGGUCUUUCCUUUUCCAUGCAAGUAAGCAGGUACCAAGCAACUCACAGAAGUGGGUGGUUUGGGAAAAGAAUGGUUGUUUAUGUCAGAUACAGAUUUUUUUUGUCUCCCAUAUGGUAAAACCUUUGCUCAGUAGUAGUUGCAGCUGAGAUUAAUGAGACCAGGGUUCCAGCUUGAAUAUUGAAAAAUAUGCUCACUACCAGCUUAUCUUUUUAGUACUUCAAAAUCAAUAUUCAGCAUUUUUCUGAAGCACUUUAAAUAUGUACUUUUUUAAUAUUUAAUUCUGUUUUGUUGUGUCUUGUGAUCUGUAAGCUGCAGAAGAGUCUUAGUUGAAGAUAUUACAGGCAAAUACUGAUAAUUUGUAGAUUAAUCAAAGGAUAAUUAGUUGUACAUAUUAAUUACCUUGAUAAUUUGUCCUCAUAAGCAUUAUAUUUUUCAGGUUUAAACUCUGCUUUAACAAAGGACUGCUACAUCUGGUCCUACUUCCUGCAGCAGAGGGAAUACAAUUGUUUUGGAAUGUUAAUCUUUAAAAAAAAGGGGGUUACUACUCAGCUACCAUUAGAAUGUAAUUGCGAGUAGUCAUAUGUGCAUCAGAGAAAAGGAUAAGUGCUUAGAAUUUAGAGGAGCUAAAGGGCCAGAACUUCUGUUCAGUCUUCGAUAAGCGUUACAGCCUUCUGUUACCAGUUUUUCUUUGUGUUCUGUUGGCUUUGUGUGCUUCAUGAACAUUUCAUUAUCAAAAAUCAAAAAAUGAAGGUGUAAAUAAAUUACAUUAGACUAAUUACAUUCAUAAACAUACUAGAAAACUUUUCAUUUCUUCAUUUGAAUGAGAAUUACGAGUUGCCACAAGGUGUGAUUCAGGACGCAUUCAGAUUAAAGGAGUCAAAGAAUGCUGAUUUUUACUUCCACAUACCAUCACCAUUCCAUCUACACUGUAUGUUUUAAGGGAAGUCUUAUAUAAAUAAUUUUAUAGAAGACUUACAAGCAGGAGUUUCUGUAAAAGAAAAGAGAUGAAAAGUAUUUGAUUUCUGCCUUACCUGGAAAUAGUUACUUUUUCUUAAGUGUGAGAUAUGAUGGACAAAGCUGAUCUCAGCAUUAGUAAAGAGACAAAGUGAAGAAAGAUGAAAGAUUAUGUAUUUGCUCAAUCUAUUAUAAUGUUACUUGAGAAUAUUAAUGCAAUUGUUAUCUGGGAUGUGUCAUUCUUAUGAAAACCAAGUUAAUAAAUAAAUGAUACUUUUCUUAACAGGA